UUCAUGUUAGCGUUUCUGUUUGUAUUUUUAUCUAUCACUGCUCUUUCUUAUGAUCGCCCACCCGCUCGUCACCUCGUUUUUUUGAACCAAUUACGUUCCAGUUCUUCAUCUCCACAACAGGUGCAUAUAUCUCUAGUUGGUGAAGACAAAAUAAGAGUAUCAUGGAUUACCAAGAGUGAAUCUGCUGCAACUUUAAAAUAUGGUACAUCUCCAGGAGAUUACCCGUUUUCUGCUAAUGGUGAUAUGACAUCGUAUCGUUAUAUGCUUUACAAGUCAGGUCAAAUCCAUGAUGUUGUUAUUGGUCCCUUAAAGCCCAAUACAACAUAUUACUACCAAUGUGGCUCUUCUGACACCGAAUUCACUGUCGAAACCCCACCCUCUGAGCUUCCAAUCAAAUUUGUUGUCGUAGGUGAUCUUGGUCAGACUGGAUGGACCAACUCAACCUUACAACAAAUAGCAAAAUCCAACUACGACAUCUUGCUACUUCCAGGAGAUUUAUCAUAUGCUGAUUUUGUUCAACCUUUAUGGGAUUCAUUUGGGCGCCUGGUGGAACCAUUAGCCAGCCAACGCCCCUGGAUGGUGACUCAAGGCAACCACGAGAUUGAAAGAAUACCUCUAUUUCAUAACACUCCUUUCACUUCUUAUAAUUCAAGAUGGCGCAUGCCAUUUGAAGAAAGUGGUUCCACUUCAAAUCUUUACUACUCAUUCAAUACUGCAGGUGUGCAUGUUGUUAUGUUAGGAUCUUACACUGAUUUUGAACCCAAUUCGGAGCAAUACAAAUGGUUAGAGCAAGAUUUGAAGAACAUUGAUAGGAAAAUAACUCCAUGGAUAGUUGUUGUUAUUCAUGCACCUUGGUACAAUUCAAAUACUGCUCAUCAGGGUGAGAAUGAAUCAGUUGAAAUGAAGAAAGCUAUGGAAGAGUUACUUUAUGAGGCUCGGGUUGAUAUUGUUUUUGCUGGCCAUGUCCAUGCCUAUGAGCGUUUUACUCAUGUCUUCAAUGGGAAAGCUAACAAUUGUGGUCCAGUACAUAUAACCAUUGGUGAUGGUGGCAACCGUGAAGGCCUUGCCAGCAAGUUUAUGGAGCCAAAGCCAGAAAUAUCAGUAUUCAGGGAGGCAAGCUUUGGACACGGCCAACUGGAAGUGAUGAAUGAAAGCCAUGCACUCUGGACAUGGCAUAGGAAUGAAAAUGACCAGCCUUUUGCUAGUGACUCCAUUUGGUUCACUAGUCUCUCAUCUAAUCCUUCUUGUAAACUCAAUUCUUAAUUACUUGUGAACAUACUCAAUUCUUCUUUCAAUAAUACCAAAAAGUAACGAUCAU